UGCUCUUCCACUCAAAACUUGCUCCUCCACGCAGAAAAUCCACAUCGUUGUCGCCUCCUGAAGCGAUUCACCGACAGGAAUUUCCAAAUUCAGGACUUAAAAUUAGGUCAGUUCUGGCCCGGGGACGUCUCCCUCCUACAAAACCUCUUCAUUUUGAUCCCCCUCGACUUUCUAUACAAAUUCGGCGGAAUCUAGAGUUUCGAGGGUUGUACAUCAGCGCCCUCGCAUAGAACCAAUCCAACUGCACCGGGCGGCAAGAUUGUCAAUGCCUAGACUGUACAUAUGGUUUCAAAGGUUGUGGAGAGGGUCAAGGGGGAUUCUGUUGUACAAAUUCAUGGUGCUGUUGUAGGCGGCAUUUUAUCUAGUGGAUUGGAGCAGAAUUUUGGGCUUGUUUCAGGGUCCUCGAGAUCGGAUCUAGUCGGGGUGGGUGAAGAGGAAAUUGGAGCGGAUUAUGAAGGAGAGCUUCGUCUUUCAUUUGUAGAAUCGACAGAGUCGAGAUGUGGAGAUUGAAGAUGGGAGUGUGAUGAAUCAGAUACGUGCUUCCCAGAUCUAGUCCGCCCUUGAAACCCCUCUGCCUCUUCCAUCCUUCUCGGAGCCACCAUCUACCCUCUGCCACGCCAAUUAAAGAGUCAAAGACUGCAAUAUGGAAAGACUAGCAGUGGACGGAGGCAACGUCUGCUCGAAGGAGGAAAAGUAGGGGACAGCGACGAUGAAAGUUGGAAUCGAAGAAGACCUGGUGGGGAAUGGAAUGAGGAUGCGGUUGCGAGAAGGAAUUGAAGGCGAUGACGAAGGGCUGGCAGCGGGGAAUGCGGUAGGGAACGGCUGGGGAAGGAUUGAGGCGGUAAGGAUUCGAUCGAAGGGAAGAAGCGGAAUUGAGGCGGAGGAUUCGACCGAAGUGAAGAAGAUGAGGGGGCUUUGACCCUCCAUUUUUUGUUUUUUUUAAUGUUUGAAAAUUAUAAAUAAAAAUUAAUCUGACGU